CAACACCACACAAAUCAGAAGUAAUCAUGUUAACAAGCAGAACCUCCGCGUGCAAGUACGCGCCCUGUUGCUUUUUAUCGAAAGGGUAUCGUUUUUUGAAAAUUUUGAGGAAGACUACAAAAAUAACAAAAUUUCACACCUAAUUUCCCCUCCAUUUUCUCGUUCGUUUGUCUCUCUCAAACCUCCAGCUCAGGAGGUCCCAUGGAGUCUUUCUCUCUCUAGGGUUUAUCUGCUCUUUUAACUUUCUUUUCUAAAUCAACCAUUUUCUGGGAAAGUUUGUGGGAAUUUGAGAGUAGUUUUGAGGAUUUUUUUCCCCCGUGAAACUUAAGUUGUUUGUGGAGAUUUUUAGUUUUUUUUUUUAAUUUUUUGAAUUGAAAUUUUAACGUUUGAUUUGGAAAUGCCGGCUCGCCGGUCGAGGCCGGAGAAGCAAGAUGAGGCAAAGCAUCUCCGGCGGGACCCUUACGAGGUCCUUGGCGUCUCCAGGAACUCCUCCGACCAGGAAAUCAAGAGCGCGUACCGCAAAAUGGCUCUCAAAUACCAUCCUGACAAAAAUGCAAAUGAUCCUGAAGCAGCUGAUAUGUUUAAAGAGGUUACUUUUUCCUAUAAUAUCUUGUCUGAUCCAGACAAGCGGCGCCAAUAUGACUCAGCUGGUUUUGAGGCUGUUGAAUCAGAAAGUCAAGAAUUGGAGCUAGAUCUUUCAAGCUUGGGCACUGUGAACACUAUGUUUGCAGCACUUUUUAGUAAACUUGGCGUGCCUAUUAAGACCACUGUAUCAGCAACUGUCUUGGAGGAGGCACUAAAUGGGGUGGUCUCUAUUCGUCCACUUCCACUGGGGCAACCUAUUUCAAGGAAGGUUGAAAAGCAAUGUGCUCACUUCUAUUCUGUCACAAUAACAGAAGAGGAAGCAAGGGCAGGCUUUGUCUGUCGAGUGCAAUCCUCUGACAAAAGCAAGUUCAAGUUAUUGUAUUUUGAUCAGGAAGGAAAUGGUGGACUGAGCCUUGCUCUGCAGGAGGACAGUGCCAAAACAGGAAAGUUUACAUCUGCUGGAAUGUAUUUCCUUUGUUUUCCUGUUUAUCGGUUGGAUCAGACAGUCAACGCGAUUGCAGCCGCAAAGGAUGCUGAUACUGCCUUCUUCAAGAAAUUGGAUGGGUUUCAGCCAUGUGAAAUAACGGAACUGAAGGCUGGCACCCAUGUUUUUGCUGUCUAUGGUGACAAUUUUUUUAAGAGUGCAAGUUACUCAAUAGAAGCUCUCUGUGCUGCACCUUUUGUGGAAGAAAAAGAAAAUCUUAGAGAUGUUGAAGCUCGAAUUCUUACAAAAAGGGUAGAGAUAUCCAAGUUUGAAAAUGAAUACAGAGAGGUGUUGGCACAAUUUACAGAAAUGACCAGUAGAUAUACGCAAGAAAUGCAAGAGAUUGACGAGCUGCUUAAACAAUGGAAUGAAAUUCAUGCCUCGUACACAAUUGCUCCCCAGAUGAAGCGGAGUACAAGUAAGAGCAGGAGUAAGGGCCUCUUCAGGGAGACCAAAGAAGAAGGACAAUUGAGAGAUAAGAAAGCUUCAAUGAAGGAUAGAACUAAGAAAAAGAAAUGGUUCAAUAUCCACUUAAAAGUUGACAAGAGAAAGCCUUGCUAAAUAUGAUGGAUGUGGGAAGCCGUUCCAUACAGAUGGGAUAGAGAUAGAGUGCGUCAUCUAUGUCUGCAUUGAUUAAUUUGUUCUGAUGGUUUGAUGCUCUGCAAACAAAUUAUGAGGUCAAGCUAUUCCUUGACCAUGUUGCAACUUUCAAUUGAUGACAAAGUACAAAUCGUUGUUGCCGUGGAAAUGCUCCAUUUCUCCAGCUUGUUAAAGGAUGACAACAGUUCAUUGCUAUUGUAAAAUUCCAUUUUUUUUCAUCACUUUAUCAGUCACUGUCUUGUUUCUUUUUGCUCAGAUUGUAAGCAAGCAUAUCUGUAAAUUGCAUAACUUGUUCUUGAAGAUCCUUUCAUCAGCUAAUGGGAAAAGUAAAGCGUGGCCACUUUUUGCA